CGAUUCUUUUCAUAAUUUUCGUGAACGAUAUACCGGAUGUAGUUGGAUGCCUCUGUAAAAUGUUUGCAGAUGACUGUAAAAUCUAUAAUAAUAUUCUUUCCGCAACUGAUCAACAACAGCUUCAGGAAGAUAUUGACCGUUUAUGUCAGUGGAGUAAGGACUGGUUACUGAAAUUUAAUAUUAAGAAAUGUAAAAUUGUGUCAUUUGGUAAUGAAAAAUUUUACAAUGACUAUAACAUGAUAGAUGAGAAUGGAAAUGUUCACAAACUUGCAAGGGAUUUUUCUGAAAAAGACCUGGGUGUGCUCUUCACAAAUAAUUUGAAUUUUGAAACCCACAUUAAUAAUACAGUCAACAAAGUAAACAAAAUCAUUGGGCUUAUUAGAAGGAAAUUCACCUUCAUGGACAAAUCCUUGUUCUUAACAUUGUACAAGUCUCUUGUUCGUUCCCACUUGGACUAUGGAAAUUUAAUAUACUUCCCAUACACAAAGAAAUGUAAGCAAGUUCUGGAGAAUGCGCAACGUAGAGCCACAAGACUAAUACCUGAAUUUUGUGGACUUUCCUAUCAAGAACGAUUGAAUGAACUGAAUCUCCCAACAUUGGACUACCGUAGAAAAAGAUUUGAUAUGAUACAAGUUUUCAAAAUUAUUCACGAAGUUGAUGACAUCAAUGCAAGUGUAUUUUUCAAUUUUGCGGACAAUAGUGGAACAAGAGGUCACUGUUUGAAGCUUGCAAUGCCUAAAGCUCACAAGUCUAUUCGAUUAAAUUCUUUUGGACAUCGUACUAUAUCCAUUUGGAACGGCCUUCCACAUAAUAUUGUUACAUGCAGCACCGUGAACAGUUUUAAAUCACAACUGGAUAAGUUAUGGGCACACAAACGUUUUGAUCUAAGUGAUGUGUAUUAAUUUUAUCAGCAAACAAUCAGACCGGAGUGAAUUUCAAUAUUUUCAUUGAUAAACAAAAUCAGAUCGGAGUGGAGAUUUGCAUAGAAGUAGUCUAAAGGGAUCAACUAGCCUAAAGGGCUAAACAUUUCCCUAGAAGACACAAGGUAGACACAAGGUAGUAAGGUAGAAAUUGAUCAUAAAGGUUUUUAUAUACAUAUUUUACCACGUAAGUGAAAAGUUAUUUUGCACAAAACAAGCAUUUAAUGCAUUAAAACACAUUGUGUACCUUUCCAAUAAAACAAAAGUUGACUGAUACAGACAACAAUUAUGCCAAGCGGAACAACUCGAUCCAAUCGUAAUAACUCGGCCACCUCCGACAAGCUUCGAGAUAGACAUCGUAAAACAAUUCUGCCAUUGCCGAAAUGUUCCGAUUGUUUUAAAAUUGUGCCCUGAAGCCUUUCAGGUGCCCUUCAUGGACAUAUAAUGUUACGUUUUGACAGAAUGAAAUGAAGAAAACCUGUCAAACUCAUAAUUAUUUGUUGGAUAUUUAUUUUUUGUGUAUGGAACUAAUAUAAAAUAAUAUUAUCUGGUAAUAUUUCUUGCUUUUAUUAUAUUUUAUAGACGCAGUAUGCUUUAACCUGGAAUCCCGAUCGGAAUAACUACCCACUUUUCGUACAAAACAAUUUUUUGCUUGUAGUACAACUCAAGCCUGCAACUAUGCAUCUGAGGCAACAUUUGAAACAGAGCCGUACAAGCUUCACAAGCUCACUGAGGGCCCAAGCCGCACUGUCACUAUGACGAAGGAGGAAGGCAUGCAGUUCUACAGGGAAAUGGUCACCAUCCGCAGACUGGAGACAGUCGCUGCCAACCUGUACAAGUCCAAGGCUGUUCGGGGAUUCUGCCAUCUAUACUCUGGACAGGAGGCAUGCUGUGUGGGAAUGGAGGCAGCUCUAACAAAGGAGGAUGCUGUCAUCACAGCUUACAGGGCGCAUGGCUGGGCCUACAUUCGUGGCAUUAGCUUAGUGGGGGUCUUGGCAGAGCUCACUGGUCGUCAGUCAGGCUGUGCGCGUGGAAAGGGUGGUUCCAUGCACAUGUAUGCUCCAAACUUCUAUGGAGGCAACGGCAUUGUCGGAGCUCAGGUGCCCCUUGGUGCAGGCAUUGCAUUGGCAUACAAAUAUGAGAAGAAACCCAAUGUCUGUCUAGCACUGUAUGGGGACGGUGCAGCCAAUCAGGGACAGGUGUUCGAAGCCUACAACAUGGCUUCCCUCUGGAAUCUGCCAUGCAUCUUCAUCUGCGAAAACAACGGGUACGGUAUGGGAACCAGUGCUGGCCGGUCAUCAGCAAGCAGUCAAUAUUACACUAGAGGAGAUUACAUUCCUGGAAUAUGGGUUGAUGGUAUGGACGUGCUGGCUGUCCGGGAGUGUUUCAGGUGGGCUAAGGAGUAUUCCAUCAAGAACGGUCCCCUCGUGGUUGAGGCCGCUACCUACAGAUACCAUGGUCACAGCAUGAGCGAUCCUGGCACAAGCUACCGUACCCGGGAUGAGAUUCAGGAGGUUAGAGAGAGGAAAGACCCGAUACUGAAACUCAAGAACCGCAUGAUUGAAAAUGGCCUGGCUACAGCUGAGGAACUUAAGAAAAUUGAGCAAGACAUCCGUAAGCAAGUAGAUGAGGCUGCCACGAAGGCAAAGUCGGACGCAGAAUUGCCAGUGGAGGAGCUGUAUAAUUCGGUCAUGGUCGACCCACCAGCAGACAUGAGGAUCCGCGGUUGUGAUGUCACUAUACAGGCGAAAACAGUAGCAUAAGGGGUAUUGGAUGGUGGAAAACAUCACUGAAGGAUAGGCUUUUAUAGAGGAUUAUGAACCGUUUGCUUUGAUGGGUCUAAUGCAGGCUCUGUUAGUGAGAAAAAUAGUGUUAAAGAUAUCUGUUGUGAAGAAGUACAUGUGCGAAGAUUUAUAAUGGCAGUUGUUUUUAGUGUGAAGAAGGGAUUGUUUUGUUUUGAAUAUGAAAUUUAAUAGGAAUCAAAUGUGUGUAAUCAUUUUAACUUUUAUUUCUUAGAAAAGUCAUUGAAUAUAAGAUAAUAGGAUGCAUCUAUUGAUUGUCUAUUACUUGCAGCAUGAUUAUAAAGAAGUGUAUGUUUGUGUAAAUUAUAUAAUGCAAUCUUCACACAUGUAUGAGGACACUAACUUGGUAUUAUAAAGAUGCCUGAAGUACGUGUGUGCUCUUGCAUCUGUUCAAAAAGGAAUCUCUUACUAUACUGCAUCACUGUUGUUUAUGCCUAUGCUAUGUUCUACUGGUUAUGGAAUAAGGCAAACUCUGCUUUCUCUCGAAUGAAUAAUAAUCCUACAUGUAUACCCAAUCUAGAACCUGUUCUGUUUUUUGCCUUGGCCAUAACUAAAAGAACUUCAAAUAUUCAUAUGAAACUUGGUACACUUGUCGCCAGAGACAAUACACACAUGUUGCCAGAGACAAUACACACAUGUUGCCAGAGACAAUACACACAUGUUGCCAAUAGCUCUCACAUUUAUCAUUGUCGAGUUACGCCUCUUUUUAAACUGAGAAAACAGACCAGCAUUGUUGUUCACUUUGGCACACUCUUGUUUAUGGGUUGUAUUAUGAUAUUGUUUUUAAAUUUAAACAGAUGUACCUGUUAAUGAUAACUAAUGGAUAGAGUUUGUGAUUAGCCCCGAAAGCUGUAUUGUGGUGUGGAUUGGUAUAUUCAUUUGUUCUUUUCUUCCUUAAACAUGGCAUAAACCUUUUGUCUGAAUAUAUGACAACAUCAAAUGCUUAUAUGACAGUGAUUAUCAACGUUAUUUAUUUGCUUACUCAUUGUUAUAUUUUUAAUGUUUUAACAUUAACAACUCAUGUAAAGUAAAACUGAUACUAAACCAG